CUUAAAAUGAAUAACGUUCAGUACAUCCAUCUUCUCUAUAACUGUAAUAUUUGUAAAAUAAAUUUUGAGAAAAAAGCAAAUUUAAGGCGUCAUUACAUAGAAUAUGAAAAUAUCAAGGUACCUGACUCAAACAGUCGUCAAUAUAACAAGAAACAUGUAAAAUUCAUAUCAAAAAACCAGAGAAACAGAUUUGUAUGUUUAGAUAACACAUUCUGCUUCAAUUAAUUAACCAAACAAAUUCUUAGGAAAC